AAAUGAAUGUAGACCAGAGAAACUGCCAUCACAUUCCUUUGAAAUCGAUCAUGAAGAUGUGGAUAAGGAUGAAGAUACAACAUCCCACUCAUCUUCAAAAGGUGGUGGUGGUGGUGGAGGAGGAGGACUAGCAGCAGGAGUUUACAAGUCUGGAUGGCUUUAUAAAGGGAAUUUCAACAGCACUGUAAACAAUAGCAUUACUGUCCGGUCAUUCAAAAAGCGCUACUUCCAGCUGACACAGUUGUCGGAUAACUCAUAUAUUAUGAAUUUUUAUAAAGAUGAAAAAAUAUCAAAGGAGCCAAAGGGAUGUAUUUUCUUGGAUUCUUGUACAGGAGUUGUACAGAAUAACAGACUUAGGAAACAUGCCUUUGAGUUGAAAAUGAAUGACCUCACAUACUUUGUGCUGGCAGCUGAAAAUGAGCAGGAUAUGGAUGACUGGAUUUUCACUCUCAACAAAAUCCUGCAAAUAAAUCCAGAGGGAACCAUUCAGGAGAGGAAAAGUGCAGAUCUCACUGAUCUGAAACUUGACCCUGCAGAAGUUUCAGUGAGUUACGAUUGCUCUCAAGAAGAGAAUGAUUCUUCAGAGAACACCUUGCACCCAGACUUCGCAAAAUACAUCACAGAAACAGAAGAAACAGUGAAAGCCUCUCGAAAUACAGAGCGACUAAAUCUUUUCUCUUUGGAUCCUGAUAUAGCAUCAUUGAAUCCUCAGAAAAAGGAGUUUCCAGGGACAAACUCGGUGAUCAAGCCAUUUGAAGAAAAGCCUGCAAAGAGGAUCCUGAUAACUUGCAAAUCCCUCAAUUUGAAUCUCCAGGCCUGUGUUACUGAAAAUGAAAAUGAUCCUUCAACCAAUGUAGAGCCUUUCUUUGUGAGCGUGGCACUGUAUGAUGUCAGGGAUGGCAGGAAGAUCUCUGCUGAUUUUCAUGUGGAUUUGAACCACACACUCGUUAGACAGAUGAUUUCAGGUUCCUCGUUUUCAUUAGAAAAUGGCACUGUUGAAAAUAUAGACUCAAAUGAAAUGGAAGAACCACAGGUCAAGGGGUUCCCAGAAGAAUGGCUGAAAUAUCCAAAACAGGCUCUUUUCUCCAUAAGUAAUCCUCAUUCUGAGAUCGUAUUAGUGGCAAAAAUAGAAAAGGUCCUUACAGGAAACAUUGCCAGCAGUGCUGAACCUUACAUUAAGAAUCCUGAUUCUUUUAAGUGUGCACAGAAAGUGUUAAAAUCCAAUAAACAGUUCUGUAGCAAGCUGGGGAAAUACCGUAUGCCAUUUGCUUGGUCAGUGAGACCAGUGUUUAAAGAUAAUCAGGGAAAUGUUGACAGAGACUCCCGAUUCUCACCUUUAUUCAGGCAAGAAAGUAAUAAGAUUUCCAUGGAAGAUUUGAUUAAACUAAUAGCAGAAUACAGAAGAGCAGAGAAGAUUAGCAAAAUACAGACUAUACCCGGCUGUUUGGAGAUUGCAGUUGAUUGUGUUCCUUUAGAACAUCCAAACUGUGUAACUUCGUCUUUUAUUCCAAUCAAGCCAUUUAAUGACAUAAAUGAGCAUCAACCUACAGUAGAAGUUGAGGAGUUUGUACAGGAAUCAACAAAAUAUUCUCGACCUUACAGAGUAUACAAGAACCAAAUAUAUAUAUAUCCAAAACACCUCAAGUAUGAUAGCCAAAAAUACUUCAACAAGGCACGGAAUAUAACAGUGUGCAUUGAAUUUAAAAGCUCUGAUGAAGAAGGAGCAAAGCCGCUGAAGUGUAUUUAUGGGAAGCCAGGUGGACCAUUAUUUACAACGGCAGCUUACACCGCUGUGCUACAUCAUUCGCAGAAUCCUGAUUUUUAUGAUGAGGUGAAAAUUGAACUUCCCACUCAACUCCAUAAGAAACACCACAUUCUGUUUUCAUUUUAUCAUGUCACCUGUGACAUAAAUGCAAAAGCUAAUGCCAAAAAGAAAGAGGCUCUGGAAACACCAGUGGGAUAUGCAUGGCUUCCUUUGUUGAAAGAUGCCCAGUUAGCUUCCCAAGAACACAAUGUGCCAGUGGCAAGCAGUCUGCCUCCCAAUUACUUGAGCCUUCAAGAACCAACUAGUGGAAAGCAGAUCGGCUGUGAUGUAAAAUGGGUAGAUAGUGGGAAACCACUCUUCAAAGUGUCUACUUUUGUUGUAUCGACAGUAAAUACUCAGGAUCCAUACCUGAAUAACUUUUUCCAUCAGUGCCAAGAAAGGGAAAAGAAUCUAUCCCAGCCUCCUACCUCAAACUUUAUCAAUUCUUGUAAGAAUUUGCUGAGGAUCGAGAAGAUCCAUGUAAUUAUGAAUUUUCUUCCUGUAGUCCUGAAUCAGCUCUUCUGGGUUUUGGUGCAAAGCAGUGAUGAUGAAGUUACAACAGCUGUGACCAGGGUUCUUACUAACAUUGUUGCUAAAUGCCAUGAAGAACAACUAGACAACUGCAUCAAUUCUUAUGUGAUGUAUGUGUUCAGGACCAAAUCAUUUGAAGAAAGGACUGUUCAUGAGGAGCUAGCCAAGAAUAUGACUGGUCUUCUGAAGUUAAAUGACCAAGUAACAGUGAAACAGGUUUUAAAGCAUUCCUGGUUCUUCUUUGCAGUUAUCUUAAAAUCAAUGGCACAGCACUUGGUUGAUACAAACAAAACAAAGGUUUCUCGAACUCAGAGGUUUCCAGAAUCAUUUCAAACUGAGCUGGAUACAAUUGUGAUGGUCUUAGCAGAUCAUGUUGUUUGGAAGUACAGAGAUGCUCUUGAAGAAACCAGGAAUGCAAACUACAGCACUGCCAAAUUUCUCAAGCGCUGUUUUACAUUUAUGGAUCGUGGAUUUGUGUUCAAGAUGGUCAACAAUUAUAUAAGUAUGUUUGGAACAGGAGAUAGCAAGACUUUACAUCAGUUCAAAUUUGACUUUCUCCAAGAAGUCUGUCACCAUGAGCACUUUAUCCCUCUGUGCCUGCCCAUACGGUCUUCAAACAUUCCUGACCCUGUGACGCCUUCGGAAUCAACACAGGAAUAUCGAACAUCAGAUAUUCCAGAGUACACAUUGACCAACGAAUUUUGCCGUAAACAUUUUCUAAUUGGAGUCCUGCUGCGGGAGGUUGGUUUUGCCUUGCAAGAGGACCAGGAUAUUAGGCACUUAGCUUUGGCUGUGCUUAAAAACUUAAUGGCAAAGCAUUCAUUUGAUGAUCGAUACGCAGAGCCGGCAAAACAGGCACAAAUAGCAAACCUGUACAUGCCACUCUAUGGAAUGCUUUUGGACAAUAUGCCAAGGAUUUACAUGAAGGAUAUGUUCCUUUUCAAUAUCAAUACUUCCAAUCAGGGAUCUAGGGAUGACUUGAGCACAGCCGGAGGAUUUCAGAGCCAGACAGCAAUGAAACAUGCAAACUCCGUGGACACGUCCUUUUCCAAAGAUGUUCUGAACUCUAUAGCAGCCUUUUCAUCAAUAGCUAUCUCUGCAGCAAACCAUGCUGACUCCAGAGCUUCCUUAGCAAGCCUUGAAUCUAACCCAAGUACCAAUGAAAAAAACAGUGAGAGAACUGACACGUGUGAAAAGAUCAUGAGACCUUUGUCUUUGAUUGGAUCAACUCUUCGUUUUGAUAAGUUGGAUCAAGCUGAAACUAGAAGCCUUCUUAUGUGUUUCCUUCACAUUAUGAAAACCAUUUCGGAAGACGCACUGAUUUCCUACUGGUUGCGAGCACCAUUCUCAGAAAUAACAGAUUUUUUCAGCAUUUUAGAGGUUUGUCUGCAAAAUUUCAGAUAUCUAGGAAAACGCAAUAUUGUAAGGAAAAUUGCUGCUGCUUUUAAGUUUGUUCAGGCCACUCAGAAUAAUGGAACCCUGAAAGGUUCGAACUCCUCUGGCCAGGCAUCGGGUCUGCUCUCACAAUGGAUGCAUUCCACUUCUAGUCAUGAUGGCCACAAGCAUCACAGAUCUCAAACAUUACCAAUAAUUCGUGGCAAAAAUGCACUUUCUAACCCCAAACUCUUGCAGAUGAUAGACAGCAGCACUGCAAGUAACUCCAAUGAAACGGACAUUGUACAGUAUGUAGACACAGAGGCAAACAUUGCUACAGAAGUUUCCCUCACAAUCCUUGACCUGUUGUGUCUUUAUACUCUGAAUCACCAG